AUGGGCUCUUCGGGGGAUCGCACGUGGGAGUUCAUCGUAGUCGGUGGGGGUCCGGCGGGCUGCGCCCUUGCCUCUACUCUCGCCCGCUCCGCCAAACGUCCACGAGUCCUGCUGCUAGAAGCCGGUCCUCGGAACGAAGAUCUCGCUCUCCGCGUGGAUGGUCAGCGAUGGUCGACGUUUCUCCAGGGGGGCCUGAACUGGGGAUACAAAACCACACCCCAGAAGCACUGUAAUGGGCGGCAAAUUGACUAUUCGCGCGGCAAGGUGCUUGGGGGCAGCAGUGCAAUCAACUUCGGCGUCUACACGGUGGGCGCCCGCGAUGAUUACGACCUGUGGGCUGCGCUGGUUGGGGACGAGACCUUCGGCUGGGAGCGGAUGAAGGCUCGGUUUUGUGGCCUCGAGACCUUCGAUGGCGCCAUUGUUGACCCGAAUCAUGCCAAAUACGCUACUCCGCAAGCCUCUAAUCAUGGAUCCUCGGGCGCAUUGCGGGUGGGCUACGCUCGUGAAUGGGAGCAGGAUCUCCCGCUCAUGUUGGACGUGUUCGAGCAGGCGGGAGUGCCUCGAAACCCGGAUCACAAUUCGGGCGACCCAAUCGGCAUGGGGUUGAUUAUCAACUCGUCCCACCAGGGUCGCAGAGUGACUGCGACGGAUCUUCUCCUCGGUGCACCGGAGAACUUGACAGUCAUCACCGAAGCACCCGUACAACGGGUACUUCUGGGGGGCACUAAGGCCGUAGGCGUGGAGUCGAACGACAGACACUAUCUGGCCUCCCGCGAAGUGAUUCUGACGGCAGGCUCUCUGGACACGCCGCGGAUCCUGAUGCAUUCGGGUCUCGGACCAGCCGACCAGCUCCAAGCAUUCCAGAUUCCCGUUCGGAAGGAUAUGCCUGCCCUGGGUAAGGGUCUGCGUGAUCAUUUCUUCGCACCACUGUGCUUCAAGCGCGACCCGGCUACCAACGACCGCAAUGCCUUCUUCGGCGACCCGGCCGCGAUGAAGACCGCCAUGAGACAAUGGGACAAGGACGGCACGGGUCCUUGGGCGCGACACUCGUGCCAGAUUGCCGCCGGCUGGCUGAAGUCCGACCGGCUGGUGCAGACGGCCGAGUUUCGAGCUCUCCCACCGGACGUGCAAGACUUUCUGCAACGCAAGACGGUGCCUCAUUACGAGUUUCUGACGCAUUUCCCUUUGCACCUUGUUGCGCCGGAGUGGCCGCCGGAUUACAGCUACAUCUGUAUGUUGGUGUUCUUGAUGAACGAGCAGUCCAGCGGCGAAGUGCGGCUGCGGUCGUCGGACCCCAACGUUCCGUUGCUGUUCGACCCCAAGUUCCUGUCGCACGAGUUCGACCGCCGCGCGUGCAUUGAGAUCUAUCGACACGCGCUGGAGGUGACGCGGCACGCGUCCUUCCAGAAGGACGUGGUCGAGACGGUGAUCGCGCCGGCGUCGGACUCGGACGCGGACAUCCUGGAGCACUGGAAGAAUACGUUAGGGUCGAGCUGGCACAUGACGGGGACGGCCAAGAUGGGGCGGGCGGGCGAGCGCGAUGCGGUGGUGGACAGCCACUUCCGGGUGAUGGGGACCAGCAACCUGCGAAUCGCAGACAUGAGCGUAGUGCCCGUGCUGACCAACAACCACACCCAGGCGACCGCCUACGUGACGGGGGCGACGUGUGGCGACGUAUUGGUAGAGGAAUACAAUUUGAACCGGGAGGUUGCGAGAUUAUAG